AUGUGGAGAAGAAGCUUUUGCACCACCACUGCCACUGCCAGUGCCGCCUUAAACAACAAGAAAUGGGAUGCUCUGGUCAUCGGAGGUGGUCAUAAUGGCCUUACUGCCGCUGCUUACCUAGCUCAAUCAGGCCUCUCUGUCGCCGUCCUAGAGCGCCGCCACCUAAUUGGUGGUGCCGCCAUCACCGAAGAACUCAUCCCUGGUUUCAAGUUCUCCCGUUGCAGCUACCUCCAAAGUCUCCUUCGCCCUUCUAUUAUCAGAGAUCUGGAGUUAGGUAGACAUGGAUUGAAAUUGUUGAAGAGAAGUCCUUCAUCCUUUACGCCGUGUUUGGAUGGACGUUAUCUUCUUUUAGGUCCUGAUGCUGAGCUAAAUCAUUCGGAGAUUUCCAAGUUCUCAAAACGGGAUGCUGAUGCUUAUCCGAGGUAUGAAAAUCAACUGGAGACCUUUUGCAAGUUCAUGGAUCCGCUUAUAGAUUCAUCACCGCCUGAAGCUCACCAAGGCGUUUCAUCUUUUAAUGCUCGAUUGAAACAUAAGUUACAGAAGUCAGAAUUUUGGGCCCAUUGUUUGCAUCAGUCUGUCUCCAUGGGUCAACAAGGGCUGGUGGAUUUCAUGGACCUUUUACUGUCACCAGCAUCAAAGGUUUUGAAUAACUGGUUUGAGAGUGAGGUGUUGAAGGCAACACUUGCUACAGAUGCAGUGAUAGGAGCCACUGCAAGUACCCACACACCUGGGAGUGGAUAUGUGCUGCUACAUCAUGUGAUGGGAGAAACUGACGGUGACCGUGGAAUUUGGUCGUAUGUUGAAGGUGGAAUGGGCUCAGUGUCUUUGGCCAUUGGAAAUGCUGCUAAGGAAGCUGGUGCCACCAUAGUUACCAAUGCAGAGGUAUCAAAGCUGAUGAUUGAGGAUUCAGGCACAGUAACUGGGGUUAUUUUGGCUGAUGGAACACAGGUUCAUGCUUCAGUUGUUUUGUCAAAUGCUACCCCGUACAAGACUUUUAUGGAACUAGUACCUGAAAGUGCUCUCCCGGAUGAUUUUUCUCGUGCUGUUAAACACUCCGACUAUGGUUCUGCGACCACUAAGAUCAACUUAGCAGUUGACAAAUUACCACAGUUUCAGUGCUGCAAUUUGGGUCAUCCUGAAGCUGGUCCUCAGCAUAUGGGUACCAUUCACAUUUGUUCCGAGAGUAUAGAGGAAAUCGACUCUGCAUGCCUGGAUGCAAAGAAUGGCUUGCCGUCACGAAGGCCUAUAAUUGAAAUGACAAUUCCUUCAGUCUUAGACAAGACUAUAUCUCCACCAGGCAAGCAUGUUAUCAAUUUGUUUGUUCAGUUUACACCAUAUAAACCUAACGACGGCAGCUGGGAAGAUCCUGCAUAUAGAGAAUCAUUUGCACAAAGAUGUUUCAAAUUAAUUGAUGAAUAUGCCCCUGGCUUCAGUUCAUCAGUUAUUGGCUAUGACAUGUUGGCUCCACCAGACCUUGAAAGGAUAAUUGGUCUCACAGGAGGGAACAUCUUCCAUGGAGCAAUGGGGUUGGAUUCUCUUUUCCUCAUGAGACCUGUAAAAGGAUGGUCAAAUUACAGAACCCCAUUGCGAGGAUUGUAUCUAUGCGGAAGUGGAUCCCAUCCUGGUGGCGGUGUGAUGGGUGCACCAGGUCGCAAUGCUGCACGCGUGGUUAUAGAUGACAUAAAAGGCUAAAAUGGUAACUCCUUUGAACCAUUAAGAUCACCAUACGCUUUGGAAGCAUAGUCGCCAAUGAUCACGAUCCUCUCCUAAACGCAGGCACAUCGCCGAAAUGGACCAAAUAGCGAGAGAUUUGUAGGUAAUCUUAGCUUAAAUUUAAUUAAAUAUCUAAAACUCAAAGUUGAGAGAAUGGAUUAUACGGGAUAUGGGAUAGUACAUGAGUAUGUGAGUUCAAAUGCGUACUGUGGCCACUGCACAGUUUCGGAGACACUUAUGUUUAACUCACCAUCAUGCAGAACAUCCCAUGGUUUGGGUUCAUGUUAGAUUUUCUUUUUGUGACUUUUUAAACCCAUGUAGAAUCGAGUUUUUCUCGCUCCAACAGAGAGGAGAUACAUUAAUUGUUUUUGUCUUUUCUCGACUAAAAAAACGUAAAAAUAUUCUCGCUUUCGUUGCUAUAUAGAAGAGUAGUCGAAUUUCUU